GCGGCGGGAGUCGGGCCAGGGCCGGACAGCCCCGGUGCCGCCGGGCUCGGCUCGGUCCGGUCCCCCCGCUGGUGGCUGCCGCUGGCGGGGCCGGGAGCUGCGGGACAGAGGGAGUGAUGCAGAGGGGCAUCUGUGUGUCCCGUGGGGCUGGGCACAGCCGGCAGGCAUGGUGGGCUACGACCCCGAAGGCAGGUGCGUGUCCACGGCGGAAGCGGCUGUAGCAGGAUCGGCGUCUGGCUUGGUCACUCGGGUCCUUGUCAGCCCCCUGGACGUCCUCAAGAUCCGCUUUCAGCUCCAGAUCGAGCAGCUCUCCUCCAGAAACCCCACGGCCAAGUACCACGGCAUGCUGCAAGCUGUGCAGCGCAUCUUCCGGGAGGAGGGGCUGACAGCCUUCUGGAAGGGCCAUGUCCCCGCUCAGAUCCUUUCUGUCGGCUUCGGAGCUGUUCAGUUCAUGACCUUCGAGAGUCUGACGGAGCUGAUGCACAACUUCACCUCCUUCAAAGCCCAGGACUCCUUGGUGCACCUGGUGUGCGGGGGCCUGGCUGCCUGCACGGCCUCGGUGGCAGUGCAGCCCGUGGACACGCUGCGCACCCGCUUCGCUGCCCAGGGGGAGCCAAAGAUUUACCUCAACCUUCGCCAUGCAGUGGUGACCAUGUACCAGACAGAAGGGCCUGGGACUUUCUACAGAGGUUUGACCCCCACACUCAUUGCUGUCUUCCCAUAUGCUGGUCUCCAGUUCUUCUUCUACAACAUCCUGCAGCAGUUUUCCAAAUGGGCGAUUCCAGCUGAAGCAAAGAAUGGAGCCGGCGUUAGGAACCUGGUGUGUGGCAGCUGUGCUGGAGUGCUCAGCAAGAGCCUCACGUACCCUUUGGAUCUGGUCAAAAAGCGACUGCAAGUGGGUGGCUUUGAGCACGCUCGGGCAGCCUUUGGGCAGGUACGGACGUAUGGGGGUUUCCUGGACUGUGUGAGGCAGAUGAUGAGAGAGGAGGGCCCAGGUGGGUUCUUCAAGGGCCUCUCUCCCAGCUUGCUGAAGGCUGCCUUCUCCUCUGGCUUCAUCUUCUUUUGGUACGAGCUGUUCUGCAGCCUCCUGUGCACCAUGAAGAGCCCUGAGAGCACCAAGAGCAAGGAAGGCUGAAAGGGACGUGUGUGGCUGCCUGCUGUUCUCCUCAGGAGGGGACACUGAUGGCCUUGCUCUGUCACGAGCAUGUUGGAAAUGUCAGGGCUCCCAGAGCUCCCCCAGCCUGUGGGGAAUCACCUCCUGGGACCAAGCAGAAGGAGAAGGCAACUGCAGUUCUGCUGGAGACACUGAACUACUUGGCUGGGAGCUGUUCAACAGAGCACUUUCCUUCUGUCUCCUCUCAUAUCAGAGCACAUUUAGUGGUGAGAGGGGGAGCAAACAGACCACUCCCUAGCAACUCCUGUGCUCUGGAAAGGCACCCAAUAAAGUGGGUGAAUCCCUGAGCUCGCCCUGGAUCCCAGAGAGGGGGUUCUGGCCCAGCCUAGUGCUGCGUAACCAACCAGACAUCACUUCCUAGCCCUGCAUCUGCACAGCUUUGUUCCUUU